AUGCCCAAAAUCACCAAUGUUGUUGCCAUUGCGGAUUUAAACACUAUCCUGGACCUGAAAAGAAUUGAAGAACUCCUUCCUAUGGCACAAUACAUUCCACAAAAGUUUUCGGGCCUGCUCCUGCGAAUCCUUUAUCCCUACAAAGCGCACUGCCAGCUGUACCAAAACGGUAAGAUUACCGUUAAUGGUGCGCGGUCUGAACCAGACGCCCGGGAGCUGGUUCAGCGUUUCGCCAAAAUUCUGGCUAGUAUUGGUUUUACCUGUACGGUUACUAACUACCGUGUGGUGAAUAUUGUUGGCAAUCAUGCAUUUUCUAACCGUUUGCAUAUUGAAAAGUUUAGUACGUACUUUCGUUUGGAGUAUACUCCUGAAUUAUUCAGUGGUUUGGCCAUUAAACUGAAUGUUGGACGUGCAGUGCUUUUUCCAUCGGGUAAAUGUAACUUUUUGGGUUUGAAACAGUCUGCUCAUUUGUCAGAAGCGGUACGCGAGAUUCAGGAAAUGAUCGAUGAAUUUAAUAAAUCAUUGCUCUAA